AUGGCAGAACUAAAACAGGUUUCUUUCACUCCAGAUGUAUUGGCAAGAAUAGCCCCGGACGUCUCUCUACAACGUCAUCUAUCCAUUGGAAUAAGACCCAAUUUGCGCAAUUUUACCGAAUUUAAAGCAGUUGAUUUUGGUAACAGUUCUCAAUUACAGCAAAAUGAAAACAACAUCUUUGCAUCAUCUAUUGUGAAAAGUGGAUCUACUACCGUAAUUACUACCAUAAGUCUAGGUAUUGUCGAAGAUUUGGGCAAUAAGCACAAACAACAGCAUGAAGACUUUGCCACUGUUUACCCCCAGGUUGAAAUACUUCGAGGUAGAGCCGGUGCACCGACAGAUGAAGAAAUGAUCAUCAGUCAAGAUUUAUUUGAAACUUUUAGACAUUGCAAAGUUAUCCCCCAAGAAAGUUUGAAUAUUGAUAAUAUUGGCAUCAAGAUUAAAGAUGAAGAAACUGGCGAGGAAAAAAUAUUGUAUGCCGACUUGAAUGAAUCACAAUGGCAAUAUGUCAAUUUGUCAAGCAUGCAUAGUAAACCAUUCCAGUUUGUCUUAUUGGCCAACACUAAAGUCUACCUGAAAGAGGUUUCCACAAACUCAAUCUUUGAUUUAUGUUUUGCUUCGAUUUUGAAAGCAUUGCAAGAUUUGAAGUUACCUAGAUGCUACGUUAAUGAUUCAAUAAGUACCAAGAUUUCCAUCAGAUCCAGAAAAUCAAAUGCAAGAGGCUUGGUGGAUACGAAUAAAGGCGUUUUGAAUUUAGAUUUGAGACUAGAGUCACAAUCUCAAUUACAACUAAAUGUAAAGCCGGGUACUAUAUCAAGUAAUUUUGGUGUGAUUAAACUAGACAAGAAAAGGAGCAAAAACGCUGAACAAGGUGGAGAUGAUGACAGUAUGGUUGUAGAUAAUGACGACGAAAAUACUGAACCAAUUUUGUUGACUGACUUGGAAGGUGAAGCAGAAGAAUCGACCAUAUUGUCAAGGAUCUCCGUUGUUAAUAAUUCGCAAACGAUAAACAAGAUUAGUCUAGUCAGUAACGGUGAUGUUACAUUAGAGACCCUUAGGCGGGCCCUCGAUGUAGCAAAACAAAGAUCUAGCUUGUAUAGUUAA